AUUUAAUUAAGUUCAAUAAUUAAUUUGAAGCCCAAAAUUAUAAAAUACCACAAAAGAAAGAAUCCCUAAUCGCUGUCUUCUUCACGCUCAUUACUCAGAACCGCCGCGCCAAGCUUCUUCUUUACUUAUUUCUCCUGUACCGUUGGAGUUGGUCUUGGAGAUAAACAGCUGAAGUUAGCUUUUCCGCAUCGUUUCGUCAGUUCCAAUACGCCGAGUACAAGGUCAGCUGCAAUUCGUGGAACUGCGGGAAAUCAUGGCGGAGAAGGGGAAAUCUAGGGGUGACAUCACGCAUCGUCGAAGGAGAGAGGGGGGAGAGGUUAGGAGCAAAAAGAGGAAGAAUUUGAGCUCGAAUGGUAAGCAUAAGGAGGAGAAAGGCAGUGAGAAGAAGCGCCGGAGUGGACCUCGGCUGCCGAAUGCUUUGAAGAAGGAGCUCGAGCAUCUUAAUCCGACCCUCAAUGGAGAGGCUUCGGAUGGCGAUGAAGAGAUUGAUUCCGAUGGUGCAGUUGGCAAUGACGUUUAUGAAUAUGAAGAAGGUGUUGCGGAAGAGGAGUCCACGAGGAAUAGGCGGUACGAUCCUGUUGAAAACUAUGAGUUUGAGCUUCCUGAAGACUUUGAGGAUUGGAAGGUUGCAUCUGAUGGAGAAGAGGAUGAUGAUGAGAAUGAAGAUCCAGGAAGACAUGCUCGAAUGUUGGAGGAGAUUACUGGACUUCCUGCUGAUGCUUUUGGAGGUAAAAAGAAAAAGGAUUUAAUCAUAUCCGAGGCAUAUCCAGAGUCUGAGUAUAAUCCCAGUGGUGAUAUUCUUGAUGGGGAUGGCCGUAUUAGCAUUAACGACCUUCUAGACCCAUUACAUGGCAAGUCUGGCUCCAGCAAACUCAUGAAGGACUUCCAGCGGAUGAGGACGAAAUCUGGUCCUACUCUGGAACCGGUGUCCAAGACCGUUCAAGAGAUGAUUGAGCGGAAGACUGCCUAUGAACUAUCUAAGAAGGAUAUUACCAGGUGGGAACCUUUGGUCAAGAGGAACAGAGAGGCACCUACGUUGUUUUUUGGUGAGGAUAAGGACAUUGGAUAUUCAACUAUAGGAGCAAUUGCUUCUGAAUUUAAACCAAGAACUGAUUUUGAGAAGAAAAUGGCUUCGUUGGUCAACCAAAGUGAAGUUGUUGAAGCUCACAAAAAAGAUGGUGCCAGGCUUCUCGAACUGAACGAGAUAUCCAUUGAAGAUGUAAAGGAAAGGCAGGAACGGCUUGCAAAAAUGCGUGAUCUUCUUUUCCGUCAUGAAUUGAAGGCAAAACGAGUUAAAAAGAUAAAGUCCAAAACGUAUCACCGGCUGAUGAAGAAAGAUAAGGCAAAGUCAGCAGAAGCUUCAAUUCGAAUGGACCCAGAAGCUGCCAAGGAACAUGCCAUGAAGAUAGAGUUCAAAAGGGCUGAGGAACGUAUGACCUUGAAGCAUAAAAACAGCUCUCGAUGGGCUAGGCGGAUCUUAAAACGUGGUUUAGACGCCCAAGAUGAUGCUACCAAAGCAGCCUUUAGUGAGCAACUUAGUCAACAUGCUGCCUUGACAAGAAAAAUAAAUUCUAUCAAAGAAAGCAGUGGUAGUGAUGAUAGCAGCGACAGUGAUGACAGUGAUGACAUGUCAGCUGGUUCCGACCAGGAAGUUGCGGAAAAAUUGAUCAAGAAGGCUAAGGAGAAGACACUUCAAGUCCUAGAAGGGAAUGAUGAAUUACCUACAUCGGGAGUGCUUUCUUUACCUUUCAUGGUGCGAGGGCUGAAAAAGAGAAAAGAGGCUGCUGAUGAAGAAGCAAAACUUGCUCUUGAAGAGUAUGAGUCAUCUUUGAAGCAGUUGGGUGAUACAAGUAAGUCGGGAAGCUCAGACAAGGAUGGCAAGGAUGCCCCAGGUGGUAGGAGGGUGUUUGGUGCUCCUGAAAAGGUGGUUAGUGUAACAAGAAAGAAGGAAAAAGUGAAUAACUACUAUGGUAAUAGUGAUAGUGAAAGUGAUGCUGAGGCCACAGAGGAUAAUACUCAACAUGAUCAAACUGGAAAAUCUCUAAAAGAGAUGGAUAUUGACCCUAGUUUACUUCGGGAAGAAUUUGGUUUUAGUCACGAUUCAGUAUUUAAGCAGAGCUCGGGAGAUGCUGAAGAUCCUGAGCCUAAGACAACUUAUGAGGUUGCUUAUCUAUCUUCUGAUUCCUGGAAAAAGGUAAGACAAUCAUCAGAUGCUGUUACAGGGACUGAAGACAACCGAAUUGUUCGCAAGCCUGGCAUUGUAGCACAAACAGCAGAGGAUCUGGAAUCUGAGCAGGACAACGAUGAAGAUUCUGAUACAGAUAGUGGAGGGGAAAUGGUUGAUGGAAUUUUAUCUUCAGGCCACAAGUCUACUUAUGAACUUCCAUCUCAAGCAGAACUGAUACAACGGGCUUUUGCUGGUGAUGAUGUAGAAGAAGAUUUUCUGAAACAAAAAGAGGCCGUCUUGGAUGAGGAAAAUCCAGAACCAGAAAAGCCCGUAUUACUUCCCGGCUGGGGUCAGUGGACCGGUGUACAAAAAAAGAGAGGUUUACCUUCUUGGAUGUUGAAAGAGCAUGAGGCUGCAAAACAGAAAAGGUCCGAAUCUCUGAAGAAGAGGAAGGAUGCACAUCUUAAUAAUGUCAUCAUCUCAGAGAAGCUUGGUAAAAAGGCUGAAAAACUCCACACGAAGACACUACCUUAUCCUUACACAUCAAAGGAAGUUUUCGAACAAAGCAUCCGGAUGCCAAUCGGACCUGAAUUCAACCCGGCAACUGCCAUUGGAGCCCUCAACCGCCCGGAGGUGGUGAAGAAAGCCGGUGUCAUAAUCAAACCAAUUGAAUAUGAGGAUGUGAGCGUCCACGAGAGAGGCGAAAGCCACAAGCGCAACACUCAGAAACAACGCAAAGGUAACGACAAAAAUCGUUCAAAGAAAAAGAUUACUGUUUAAGUAUAGUAGCAAAAUUUUGGCAAUAAUUAUUGUUGUAUAUUUUUAUUUAUUUUAAUUUAUUGGUUGGUCUGUAGUGUUUUAGUUGAACCAAAUUUUGUAGACAUCUGCAUCCAUUUUUGGCCUUAUGAAAUGUUUCAUAUUUCUU